GAGAGCAUUUGUAGGCUGGUAAACGUCAGGAGCAGCAAGUAUGUUAGCAUAGCUUACAGGGCCAUCUUCCGAAUUCUUGUCCUGUUCAUCCUUGCUUUUUCUUCCACAUUUCGAGUAAAUCUGUGGUUCGCCAGGAGUAGAAAUGGACAACGAUCAGCAGUCAAAAGACUUCAUAGUUGAGCCCGGCCUGGUUUCUGAGGAUGGUAAGAACAUCAAGACUGUCGUGUGCCAACGCUGCGGAUCCAAGGUGCUGUGCCCUGGGAUGGCUGUGUUUGCAGAGAAGGAGCUGUUCCUACCAUCCAUGCGGAAAAAGAGUGGCCUCAGCAGCACGGCAGAAGGCUCAGUGGAUGGGGACACUCUGACUGCUCACUGGUUCGUGGACGACAUGUACACUUUUGAGAACGUGGGCUUCACAAAGGACGUUGGGAGAAUCAAAUAUCUCAUCUGUGCAGAUUGUGAAAUUGGACCAAUCGGCUGGCACUGUUUGGAUGACAAGAAAAGUUUCUACGUAGCAGUGGAAAGGGUAAAACAUGAUUAGCUUGAAUGCAAAAGUUAGUCCCCAAGAACUUAAAAAAUGUGUUGGCAGGAUUUUCAUCUUUUGUUCCCAGAGUUGACCCCAGCUUAAAGGGCAGCACAUCCUGUCUGAAAGGCCCUUAAUCCACCACACUCAAUUUUACAUUAACUGUUAUGUGUACAAUGUUUAUGAUAAUUAGACUGCGUCUCUUUCAUCCUGACAGCAGUGUGACCAUCCUGUUCUAAUAAAGAUGUUUUUUGGAAGAUGAUUUUCAAAUUCAUCCUUCAGCUUUUUAAUGGGUCAUUUCGGUCAUUUCCUAUUAAGUUCCUUCAUCCCAGUGUAUCUUAACCUUCAAAAAAUCUAGUCACAUUAGUAAUUUGAAAAUGUCUGUUUUUAAACCAUGAGUGGAAGAAAUAAUUACACAAGUACUCUUUUUUUUAUCUGAAAUAGUUAAGUACUAAAAUGAUCAGACAAUUUUAACAAGCUUUAAAUAAGUGUUGUGUUGAGAAAAUGAAAAACAAAGCUUUGUUUUUUUUUCAGCAUCGCAAAUAUUUGCUGUUUUAUUUUUCAUCUCAAAAACCUGAAAAGUUUUGUACUUUGGUCAAACUGGUUGGAAGAUCAUUCAGUCAGGGUCUAUGUACUUGUGAUAGCAUUUGUCACAUUUCUUUAAACAUUUGCACAUUCAGCUCUAGUGUCUGCAUGUAUAGGCUGUACAACCUUAUUCAAGACAGUUUUAUUUUUCCUGGUAGGCUUCUCAAAACGAUAUAAUCUAUGGAGACACAUUUUAAAGCUUGUUAAAAACAGGAAUUAACUUUUUGUUGCAGCCCUCAAAAAACAAUUCAAUAUUGAAAAGUGUUUGCCCUUCACAUAGAAAUGCACUUCCUUUAUUUGUUGAAAUGAGCAAUAUAGCCUGACAUUCAGCCUGUUAUGUUUAUAUAGGUCUAAUGAUGGAAAGUAUUAAUUGUAUUUGUGUUUUUUUACAUUUUCAGUUCUGAAAUUGUCAUGAAGUCACACACAUGUUUACACAAGUCUAAAAUAGGCCUAGAGUAUGAAGAAAAUCCAAAUCAUAUGAAAACAUAAAUAACAGACAAAUAUACUUCAAAUGUUCAUGGGACUUAUUUAAUUAAAUUAAUGGUGCUUGGUUAGGUUAAAGAUGGCAAUUCACAUUUGAAUAGAAAUUAGAUUGCCUUUUUCCUUUUUAUUUUUAAAUAUUCUUUGAGAUAAAUAAAAUACAACAGCUUCUUUAAGAUGGUGUUCCUUAUACCCUAUCUAACCUACAGACAUCACAGGAACAGGUUACAGGAUGAUCUGUGAAUUCUUCAGGAAAGAAAAUGUCAGGGUUGUUUUCGAAGAUGAGUGGACCAGUCCAUAAACCCAAAUAAUUCAUUAUAUCAGGGUGUAGUUCUACUGUCUGCCACUAGACGUCAUGGUUUCAGUAUUUUAACUUAUUAUUUGAGGCUUCCCUUAAAUGUAAUGUGCACCUGUCAGCUACAGACACUUCCCCCACACUUAAAUAAACCCAAUAAAUAAUUG